AAAGGAAACUGAAAACCUCGCAGGGUCGGUUCCGUUUCCGUUCCCUCUAGUUGAUCUUUUGGCAUGAAUGAGUCUCCCUGGAGGCCGAUUCGAAGUCGCGGGUGGCGGAGAGAACUGAGGUGGCCCGGGACUGCAGCCCGCGAGGGGCCGUGCGUGGCGGUCAGAGGGGGCAUUGCGGGGACGCCGGGGUCCGAACGCAGUCACGGCGUGUCUGCUCGCCCCCCACACCCCACACGGUGGGGCUGCCGAGGACGUUGUGUCUGAGCUCUGGCAGUCUGGAUCUGUGCUUAUCUGGAGAGGAACCCUGAGAACAGACUCACUCUUGCAUGUCUAAAACCAUGGCCCUUGGAUCAGUGACAUUUAGGGAUCUUGCCAUAGACUUUUGUCAGCAAGAGUGGGAAUGUCUCGACCUUACUCAGAAAACCUUGUACCGGGAUGUGAUGAUGGAGAACUAUGCUAACUUGCUUUCCCUAGGAUAUCCCAUUUCUAAGCCUGAUGUAAUCACAUUGUUGGAGGAAGGAAAAGAGCCCUGGAAGAUUGUAAAGGAAGAAACGAGAAGAUGGUAUAUUGAUUUGGAGUCAAAAUGUGAAAUAGUUAACCAUGGAAAAGUAUGUAUCUAUACAAAACAUCCAUCUGUUACUCUUUUUGAAGAAAUCCUUAAUAGAGAGAAACUCUACCAAUGUGAGAAAUGUGGGAAGGGCUUUGCUCAUCAUAGAGACCUUACAGAACAUCACAAAGUUCACAUCGGUGAGAAACUCUAUGAAUGUCAGCAGUGUGGAAAACUCUUCAAUCGGGCAUCCAAUCUUCUGCAGCAUCAGAGAAUUCAUACUGGUGAAAAGCCGUACAAAUGUGAAGAAUGUGGAAUGACCUUCAGCCGUAGCAUAGACCUUAGAGUGCAUCAAAGAAUUCAUACUGGUGAGAAGCCCUAUGAGUGUGAAGAGUGUGGGAAGGCCUUUAGUCGUGCCUCAUACCUGACUCAGCACCGAAGAGUUCACACUGGUGAAAAAUCCUAUGUGUGUCAUGAAUGUGGGAAGGCCUUUAGUCAACGUGGAGGACUUAAAAUACAUCAGAGAAUUCAUACGGGUGAGAAACCCUAUGAAUGUAAGGAAUGUGGGAAAACCUUCAGUCAAGCCUCUUACCUUAUGCAGCAUGACAGAAUUCAUACUGGAGAACGACCCUAUGAGUGCCGUGAGUGCGGGAUGACCUUUAGUCGGGUUAUAGACCUUAGAGCGCAUCAUCGGAUCCAUACCGGUGAGAAACCCUACAGAUGUAAAGAGUGCGGGAAAGCCUUCAGUCGUGCUUCAAAUCUUGCUCAACAUGAGAGAAUCCAUACCGGGGAGAAGCCUUAUGAGUGUAAAGACUGUGGGAUGACCUUUACUCACGUCUACCAACUCACUCCGCACCAGAGAACACACACAGGUGUGAAACCCUAUGAGUGUAACAAGUGUGGGAAGGCCUUUAGUCAUGCCUCUGUACUUAUUCGCCAUGAGAGAAUUCAUACAGGUGAGAAACCCUAUAAAUGUAAAGAAUGUGGGAAGGCCUUUAUUCAUGAUGGAAGUCUUAAGAUGCACCAGAGAAUUCAUACAGGUGAGAAACCCUAUGAAUGUAAAGAAUGUGGGAAGGCCUUGAGUUGUAUCUCAAGCCUUGUUAAGCAUCAACGCAUCCACACCGGUGAGAAACCCUAUGAGUGUAAGGUGUGUUGGAGGGCCUUCACUCAUGUCGAAAGCCUUAGAGUACAUCAUAGACUCCAUACAGGUGAGAAACCAUAUGAAUGUAAAGAGUGUGGGAAGACUUUCAGGAGUGGCCAUCAACUUGUCAUCCACCAUAGACUUCAUACAGGUGAGAAACCCUAUGAAUGUAAGGAGUGUGGGAAGGCCUAUAGUGUGUGUGGAAGACUUACUAGACAUCAGAGCAUUCACAGAGGUGAGAAGCCAUUUGAAUGUAAGAAAUGUGGGAAGUCUUUUAGCUAUAAAUCAAGUCUUAAAGUACACCAGAGGAUUCAUACUCGAGAGAUCCCUUUCGCUACCCGCCGCACAGGCCGCAGCCUGGAGCGCUCGAAUCCUCCAACCCUCGGGGCCCACGAUAACUGGGAACGGCGCCCGGAGAAGCUCCAGGAGCUCCAGGAGCGCGAUCUCCGGGCCGGAGACCAGCCACCGAGGGCCUGCGCGAAGCACGCAGCUCCAGAAAGGCCCCAGGUAGGUGUUCUUAGAGAUCUCCAACUGGGAGAGCUCAUCCGAAUCCUGUCUAGGAUUACCGUGCUCCAAAAGGGCCUACUCGUGGUCACAAAAGCCACCGCGUCUGGCUAUGGCAAAUCUCGCGGGGUGUUGAUGAGAGCAGUACAGCCUUCUGGGACAUGUAGUCCAGCUAGCGCCCACAAACAUGGCGGAACGGCCUGGAGGGAGGUUUCUCUGAAUCAUCUCCGCGCCCUACCUGACUUUAACCAGUGCUUGCCCAGGCGGUGCCCGAGACCUGGGAGUGCUCCUUCGUGCUCCGAGUACGCAGACACACCGGGUCGCACUUGGUGCUGUUGUGCAGAGUUCUAUGAUUUUCCAGAAUUGACCGGAGGAGCAGAAAGCAUGGAUAUUGUGGAGCUAAAAACCCCGUUUGAGGAAUUGGUGUUGUUCAGCGAUGUCGCUGUAGACUUCUCGGAGGAGGAGUGGGAGUACCUGGGCCCUGCUCAGAGGGACUUAUACAGAGAUGUGAUGUUGGAGAACUACGGCAACUUGGCAGCACUGGGACUUGCCAUUUCUAAGCCAGCAGUGAUUUCCCUGUUGGAGCAAGGGAAAGAGCCCUGGGUGGAGAAGGCGGAGUGGUAUCCAGAAUUGCCCUCUAGGUAUGAGACUGAGGAGGUAUCGCUAAACAAUGACGCUUUUGAAAAAACACCAUUAAAGUGGAAAGUAAUGGAAAGUUCUUGCCUUGAGGAAUCUUGCUUCGAAAAUGCUUGGGAAUACGACGAAAACGCUGAGACACAACCGGAAAUUAAGGAAGAAAUUUUGGAGCACGUGAUCGAACCAUUUGAAGAUACAUCAGCUGAGGAGACAUCAUCUGACUUCAUCCCACCUGCACCCUAUGGUCUAAGUCAGAUCCUUCAGAGUGGAGAGAAACUCUAUGAAUGUAAACUCUGUGAAAACCUGACUCAGUAUGUAAGAAUCUAUAACAAUGACAAACUUAACCCAAGGUGUGAGAAUAACUUUAUGUUUUACACAGAUCACAUGAAACAUGAGCAAAGUGUUCCUGGAGUAAAAUAUGAGGAGUUUCAGGAAUGUAACAAUGACUUUGCUUAUGACUUUCCACUUAGUCAAUAUCAACUCCUAUCAAAUUAUAAUAACGAGUAUCAGUUAUGUGGAGAUACCUUUAGAGGUCAUAGCUACCUUGCCCAACAUAAUGGAAUUCAUAUUGGUGAGAAACCCUAUGAAUGUGAAGAAUGUGGGAAAUCGUUUAUCUGCUUCUCAACCUUGAUUCAGCACAAGAGAAUCCAUACUAAUGAGAGACCCUAUGAAUGUAUGGAAUGUAGGAAGACUUUCAGGCAGAGUGCAAAUUUAACCAGACAUCAAAGAGUUCACAGUGGUGAGAAACCCUAUGAGUGUAAUGAAUGUGGGAAGGCCUUUACUUGGCUUUCAAACUUGAACAAACAUCAGAGAAUUCACAAAGGUGAGAAACCCUUUGAAUGCAAAGAUUGUGAAAAGGCUUUUCUCUGUUACUCAACCUAUAUUCAACACCAGAGAACUCAUACUGAUGAGAAACCCUAUGAAUGUCAGGAGUGUAGGAAAGCCUUUAGGCAGAGAGGACACCUUACCCAACAUCAGAGAAUCCACACUGGUGAGAAGCCAUACGAAUGCAAGGAGUGUGGGAAGGCUUUUGCUUGUGUUUCCUAUGUUAAUAGACAUCAGAGAAUUCACACUGGGGAGAAACCAUACGAGUGUAAAGAAUGUAAGAAGUCCUUUAUUGAUUGCUCAACUCUUAUUCAACACCAGAGAAUUCACACUGGGGAGAAGCCCUUUGAGUGCCAGGCAUGUAGGAAGGCCUUUAGGCAGAGGGCCCAUCUCACUCAACAUCAAAGAAUUCAUACUGGUGAGAGACCCUAUAAGUGUAAGGAUUGUGGGAAGGCCUUUACUUCUGUUUCACAAGUGAAAAAGCAUCAGCGAAUACACAUUCUGAGGUAGGCAUCCUAGCGUGCUCACAUUUGAAUGAAUCCUUACUCAGCACCACCAAAUUCGUAUUGGAAAGAAACCUUAGAAAUUAAGAAAUGAUCGAAACACUUUCAUCGGUCUUUCAGCUAUCCUUUUAAGUAAUGAAUUUGUGCUGAUAAGAAGCCUUACAAAAGUGAGGUAUGUAUAAAGACCUACUCUUACAUCACAGUGAAUAUUACAGAAUUUAUGAUAUGAUUAAUGUAGGAAACCCUUGAAUUUAACUAGCUAUUAUAGAACAGCAGACUUAGAAAAUCCAGUGACUAUAAAUUUCUUCUGCUUUAUAACUUAUAAUUCAUUAUCAGAAUUUCCACAGGAAAGAAAUAAAACACUAAAUAUUCUGGUACCACUAAAACAGUAAUGAUGAUUAAUAUCAUAACUAGAGAAUAACCAUGCUGACUUUCUGAAUGUAGAAAAACUUACCUGUAACACGAGUAUUUUGCAACACCUUUGUAGCUUUGCCGUUUGCCACCUGUAUUUUAUUGCCAAGUACUUAAAAAAAAACUGUCAGGUUACUGAUUUCAACUUAGUGGCAAGGAGAAACUAUAGUAUCAUCAUCUCUUUAUUACUGCUUUUGGAACAUUCAUGUAAGAUUUAAGCCUGUGAAUAAUACAGGGAACUCUACUACCAUCCCAGCUUAUCCGAUAUCAAAGCUAGGAUGUUUUAUUCUGGAACAAAAUUAGCAUGUAGCAAGUAUGAGGCAAUACUUAUUUAAGCUUAUGUAAGUUGAAGUCACAAGAUUCAUUCUGAUAAGACUGAAUUUUUUAAUAGUGCUGAUACAAAAAGUAACGUCUAUAGAUUUCAAAAAGCAAUGUACAUUUUCUUUACAAUAAUGCAAGACAGACACAAUUGAAAGUUUUAAAGAAACUUUGUACUUUAAAAACACUACUCUCGCUAUAAAACUCCUGGACCACGUGACAAAUGCAGCCUAAAAUGAAAGGCUGUUUAGAUAUGAAAGAUAAUGAGCAUUCUACAAAAUGAAACCCAAGCUCUCUAGAUGGUUUGGAUAAGCUUUCAAGCAGAAAAGCAAUAAACCCAGAAUGAACACUGGAACUGUAGCAUGUAAAUCAGUUUAUUCAGUGAGUCGAAAUGGGUGCUUAAGGGAAUUAAAUGAGUAAACAGUGGACUUUAUAGAAAAGCUGUUUCAGACAAGCUGAUUUAUAGACUAGGUCUUGCCUACCAUGAAUAGGAGAAAUGAGACAAAUGCAACAAUGCCAAUGGAAAGGUAGACUAUUCAGGCAGUACAUUUUUUAAUACCGUGAAGUGUUUUGUAAUAUUUCAAUUUAGUUUGAAAUAUCUUAGCUUUAUUUUAUGAGAAUAUAUGUUUGUGAUUCAUGAACCUGUAGAAAGUUGAAAAAACUUUCUUCAAGAGAAUGACCUUUAGAAAAUAGGAGAUUGCAUUUUUCAAGGGAAUUUUGAAGGAAAAGUUACAAAAAGCUUGUUAGUUCCUUCUACAAGGUUAAGUGACCUUUGCAAAAAACUAAGAAAAGGGGAUAGGACAAUGAUAGCAUUGCAAGAAGGAAGGGAAAUGAGAAUACAAGUAAGGGCAGAAAAAUAGAGAAUAGGCGUGUUGGAGAUUAUAUAGUGAGGUAACUUUGUUAGUAAUUAAAAAACUCAUAACCUAUAUGGACUGGUUAUUAUAGUUGAUUUUUUGUUACUUAAAAUAGUAUGCUAUUUACAAGUCACUUAGAACAUAAUUUCACAAAAGGAUUGAGAUUAAAAGGAUAAAAAAAGUUACACUGACGAGAUGCUAGCCAAGGAAAUAUACUCGCAAGAAAAGAUUUUAAGGACAAACAAUAGUUACCAUGUUUGCAAAUAUGCUUUUAAAUAACACCUCUGAGUAACCAUUGGUAGAUGAAAAUAUCUCAGUGGAAGUGCAUGUGCACGACUGGUAACUUCUGGAAUGCAGUUGUAGUGUCUGGUAGGACGCGUUCCCAGGAAGCUGAAAUCAAUCACCCAUCCUCAGGAUGGUAGCAGAGGAAUUUUACGGAAUCAAAGGGAGAAUCAAUUAGCAAAAACCAAGUUGGAAGUGGAAUUUUAAUAUAGCCUUUUAAAGUAACAGUUGACAGAUAAUGGGGUAAUUUUUUGGUGAUUAAAUUUUACACAUUCUUAAAAAA